AUGGCCCUCAGCAAUGCCAAAGUCCAAAAGCAGAUCAAACACAUGAUGGCUUUCAUUAAACAGGAAGCAAACGAGAAAGGCAAAGAAAUAGAUACAAAGACAGAAGAAGAAUUCAAUUUUGAGAAGGGUUGUCUUGUACAAACACAGAGACUGAAGAUAAUGGAGUAUUAUGAGAAGAAGGAGAAACACAUUGAGCAGCAGAAGAAAAUUCAGAUGUCCAACUUGAUGAAUCAGGCAAGAUUGAGGGUCCUCAAAGCCAGAAACGACCUUAUCUCAGACUUAAUAAAGGAAGCAAAGGAGAGACUUGCCAGUAUCAUGAAAGAUACUCCCAAGUACCAGGUGCUUUUGGAUAGCCUUGCCUUUCAGUGUUUAUACCAAUUACUGGAGCCCCAAAUGAUUGUCUGUUACAAAAAAGAUGAUCUCCCUCUGGUCAUGGCUGCAGUGCAAAAAGCAAUCCCUUUGAACAAGAUUGUAGCCAAAAGAGAUCUUAAUAUUCAAGUUGAUCAGAAAACAUUCCUCUCAGCAGAGAUAUCUGGAGGUAUUGAGAUAUUUAAUGGAAAUGGUAAAAUAAAAGUUUCUAAUACCCUAGAAAGUAGAUUGGAUCUUAUAACCCAACAAAUGAUUCCAGAUGUUCAUGUGACCUUUUUUGGGAUUAAUAACAAUAGGAAAUUUUUGGACUAA